AUGAUUAUUAAAUUUAAAGAAAUGUAUCUCAGUUUUCCAGGCCUAAUUAAGAUAAUUGGGUCAGCAUCCAGGACGGCGGCUGAAUAUCCUAUUCAGCUUAUUAUCACUGUCCUGUUAAUCUCGAUGUAUGCAUAUUUGUCUACUAUAGAGUUGCUUUUUGAAGACUGGUCUUCUGAAUUAAAAGGCUAUAUAAUGUCGAUGGAUAAUUUGAAAAGUGCCGACACAAAUAAUUAUGACGACUGGAAUUCAAAAAAAUAUGAAAAUUUCAUCAAAUACAAAGGAACCUCAAGUUGGAUAAAUAUAGAUGACCAGUACUCAAAGACAUUUGGCAAUAUUUAUAAUAAUGAUAACUUCCAUCAUUAUUAUCUAUUUAAUGUUGUAAUUGACGAUGAGGAAAUAGAAACUUUGAGUCUUACUAAUUUAUGGCCAAACGUUAUUCAAGAAAAUUCAACAUUAUAUAUCUUGAGUGAGAACAAUAGCUUAAAUUUGAAUGAUAUUAUUGGAAUAAGUAAUAAUACAGGAUGGGAAUUGAUAGAUCCAACACCGAAACUAAACUUCCUGGAGCUUCUACUUCAAAGAUAUAAUCAUCAGAAUUUUGAAUUAAAGAAUAUACUAACUAACGGGACUGGAUUUUUAAUCAUGGCAUAUUUUCAAAUAUUCUAUCUUAUCAUUAAUUUGUUUUUACAAAUGAAAAAUAACGGAUCAAAUUUUUGGCUAGGAUUUAUGGCAUUGGUUAGUUCAGCUUGUUCAAUCAUUUUAGCUCUCUUUUUAAACUGGCAUAUCAAUGGCAUAAAAACUACAUUGACUGAAUUAUUUACAGGAUUACCAUUUAUUUUAGUUAUUGUUGGGUUUAAACAUAAAAUUAUGAUAGCUAAAGAUAUUACCAAAACAAUUUCACUGAUAAAUAUUAUCGAUAGAAAAGAGAUCAGUAAAAUAAUAAGUGAUUCGAUAAUUAAUAAUGGUACUUAUUUCCUUCAAGAAUAUUUAGUUUCCAUAAUUUCCUUUAUCAUUUGCUCCUUUUUAUGCAAAGAGCUUAAGUUUGCUAAACAUGUUUGUAUUCUUUCUGCCUGUGUUCUUUCGUGUGGCCUGUUGCUGACAGUAACAUUUUAUUGUGCAAUCUUAUCGUUGAAACUAGAACUCAAUAUUAUUCACAGAGAUACAGCACUAAACAUUUCAAGCUGGGAAAAUACAAAUGAGAGACUAAAUGAAGAUCCUGACAGAGGUCUUAGGAACUUUGCAUUAAAAUCUCCUAAGAUAAUAAGGAUAGCGAAAGUUUUAUUAAUUAGCAUAAUAAUUUUAGUAAACGUAUUUGAAUUGCUAUUAAUUUUUGUCAGAAAUACAAAAUCACAAAUUAAAAGUAGUAGUAAUAUCGAAAUACCGGGAAGAAAAAUCCAAGACAUACUGCAACUCUUCAAUCAAGAUUCUAAAAAUAUAGUACUUUCAGUCUCAGCAUCUUAUUUCUUCCAUAUCGCAAAACAAGUGCACAAGGAAAGCUGGAUGGAUUUCAUGUUAAUCGAGAUAUACAAAUUUAUUAGCUAUGCGAUUAGAGAUAAACUUAUCAGUAAAUUGAUGUUAUGUUUAUUAGCUAUAAGUUGUUCCAGUAAUAUAUAUUUAUUAAAUGUCGCCAAUAUUCACACAGCUCAGACUAGGAAAACAAUUCAUAAUCAAAGAAAAGAGGCGAAAAAAGAGAAGAAACAUCAUAGCGUCACAAAAUUGGAAAAAAUUGAGGACGUUGAUAAUAAGUUGGAAACUCCAGAAUUGAAAUGCAAAGGGUUGGUAGGUGAUACUUUAGCAAUUAAAAAGAUUUAUUCUGAUUCUCAUAAUUAUCUUGAGAAAAAUAAUUUAAAAGAUUUCCAAAAACAAGAUAUACAAAAACAAGUUACACUUAAUAAAAAUGAAUCUUCUAAAAGACAACCUGCUAUUAGUUCUGAUGACCAACAAGUUAUUGAUGAAGUAAUUAAUGGAAAAAUACCACUGUAUUCGUUAGAAACUUACUUGAACGAUAAGGAAAGAGCAGUUUAUAUUCGUAGAAAAUCAAUUGCCAAAAUGGCAAACAUUCCUAUCUUAGACACCGAACUUUUGCCAUACCGUCAAUAUAACUAUGAGCGUGUAUUUGGAGCAUGUUGCGAAAACGUUAUUGGUUAUAUGCCUAUCCCAGUUGGUUUAAUAGGACCAUUAAUAAUUGAUGGUACCGUUUAUCAUAUUCCUAUGGCAACCACAGAAGGAUGUCUGGUUGCAUCUGCAAUGCGUGGAUGUAAAGCAGUCAAUGAAGGUGGGGGGCUCACAACUGUUAUAACCAAAGAUGGAAUGAGUAGAGGGCCAUGUGUCCAAUUUCCAAGUUUAAAGAGGUCUAGUGAGUGUAAGAUGUGGUUAGACUCAGAAAUUGGUUUAGAGAAAAUGAAAGUUGCGUUCAAUUCUACAUCUAGAUUUGCUCGUCUACAAAAUAUUAAAACAGCUUUGGCAGGAGAUUUAUUGUAUAUUCGUUUUGUAACAACUACGGGUGACGCAAUGGGAAUGAAUAUGAUUUCAAAUGGUGUUGAGCAUUGUUUAAGUAAAAUGAAAGAAGAAUAUAACUGGAAUGACUUAGAAGUAAUUUCUAUAUCCGGUAAUUAUUGUACUGACAAGAAAGCUGCCGCAAUUAAUUGGAUCGAAGGACGGGGUAAAAGUGUGGUUGCGGAAGCAAUUGUGCCUGGUGAGACAGUCAGAAAAAUAUUGAAGACCGAUGUUAAACGAUUAGUAGAGGUAAAUAUUUCUAAAAAUUUAAUAGGUUCUGCAAUGGCAGGUGCUAUUGGUGGAUAUAAUGCACAUGCUGCCAAUUUAGUCACGGCAGUAUUCAUUGCCAUGGGACAAGACCCUGCCCAAAAUGUUGAAAGUUCCAACUGUAUAACUUUGAUGAGUGAAGUGAAUGGCGACUUGAAAGUAUCAGUCAGUAUGCCAUCCAUUGAAGUUGGUACUAUCGGAGGCGGUACUGUAUUAGAUGCACAAGGCGCGAUGUUAGACUUAGUUGGUGUCCGCGGACCCCAUUUAACUGAACCAGGUGCUAAUGCCAGAAAAUUAGCAAGUGUUGUAGCAAGCGCAGUCUUGGUUGGAGAACUUUCCUUAAUAUCGGCCUUGAGUUCAGGUCACUUAGUUAAGAGCCACAUGGCUUUAAAUCGUUCAAAAAAGGUUUAA